AUGUUUAUGUUUGACAAAGAGUUUGUUGAGAAAUUUUCUUAUACUUGUUUGUUACACGACUUCAUGUUUAAAAGCUUCACGGCACAAAACAGAAUCAACUUCAAAUAUACGUUCAACGUAUUUCAAGGAGAUUCACUUCUCCUUUUCCUUUCUGUUUAUUCGCAUACAUCACAUGGAAUGGUUGAGAGGGAAAAUGUCUUCGAGAGUUCUUCUGGUUUCGUGAUUUUUUUGGUAGCAACAAUCAUUCAGAAAUUAAUUAGCGGUUCAAGUAAUCAAAAAGAUUAA